AUGGACGAGAAAGAGCAAAUUAUGGAGUUACUGCAUGCAUUGCAGGCGGAUGUUGCCACUCUCAAAGCUCAAGCAACACAAAAGGAGGCUGCGAAUCGGCCAAUACUAGAGCAUGAUGAGCGAGUUAACACUAUGGUGAAAACAGUUCUGGAACUGAGGGAAGAACUAAUGGAGAUGAGAGAUAUCAUGGACAAGUCCGUGGACGGCGACAAAGGUGGAACUUCCCAAACAGCGAUACCUGCUCUGCAAGCAAAAGGAAUCAAUGCCCCAGGAGGGAUGUCCACGGAACAACUCCAGGAAUUUAAGAAACAAACUCUUCAGAUUAAUGGACUCCAGCAGAAAAUGAAAGACUUAGAGGCCAAGCUGACCGAAGCCAUCGCGAACAUCAAGAAAGGAAACGAGAAAGCAAGCGAAAUGGAAGAAAAGAGCGUGGAGAAUGUUAAAGACCUUUAUAGCACCAUAGACCAGAUCAACAACUCACUGAGCGAAAAGAUCGCCCAACAACGCGUGGAAAUGCAAAAGAUAGCCGGAGACACGCCCAAGGCCAUCAACUACGAUCCCUUCAACUACGGGGAAGCUUACACUGGAGAUUUCGUGGAUUUUCAAGCGAGAAAACGCAUCACUGAGAUCAAGCUGCUCCUACAGAGCCUUCAAGCGGCCAUGAACAGCCUCAGGGAGUCGGUCAAGGUCAGUCCUGCAGUGGACCUCGGGUACAAGGUUGUCCGCUUGGAUCAGCUGUUGGCCGCCACGGGAUUCAAAGAAGCCAUCGAAACUGGAGAAGCCAGCCAUGACGACGUACUUGUGAUCAGCCAGCCCACAUCCAGAGAACCUGGCCGGAUUGAGAUGCCCCGAAAGGAAAUGUUCCAGACGACGGAGGACAUGGAAUCUAAAUGGGCCAUUACAGACUCUAUAAUGCAGACCAUGUAUCGAUUGGAAAUUGAACUCGGAGAGCUGCAAAAAUUGCACGGCUCAUCGGACGCAUCUGGCUUUGGCAAAGCCUUUGAGGAGCUGCAUCACACUAUUCGACAAGUCAAGGACAGACAACUGGACGUGAAAACUGUCAAACGUCUCAUCGACGACUGUGUUCUAAUGAGUAUGCCUGCAAGGGCGCGUCAGCCCAGCGUCGACUUCAAGCCUCAACGGGAGGAAGUCAUGAGCCGAAUGGCAUUGGAGGAAUCGGCUCGGCCUCUCAAGAAUCUGCAGGGAGUCGUCGAGGGCAUUCUCAAGCGUUUGAAGGAAUUAGAAACGAAUUAUCAAAUACGACCGAGCGCGGCCAUCAAGAAAUUGAAAAAGGGAGAUAAGAGAGCUGCUUGCCUGUCCUGUGAUACGGGAAUUGAUCCGAAUUACGUCUACAAGACAUCCAGGCAGGUUCCGAGGGGAGAUUUAUAUGAGCCAUCUGUCGCCAAGAACUUGCAAGCGUUAGUCAAAAUGCCCGCCAGAUCCCAAUACGUCAUCAGUAGAACUUAUGCGAUCGACACCUCUAACGUGACCUCUGACCUAUACGUCAUCCCACGACCUUGUGGUGCCAGUUACACCGUCUACUGGCCAGUGAUAGAUUCUAAACCUCUAAGUAAGCCGUUACAGCCGGAAAUAAAAGUCUCCUUGGAAACGAAACGAAACUUCAUUCGUGGCAGAGACGGUCAUUAUUACGUAGGAUGUGACGUUCCGGUUAUAAAGAGCGAGUAUCAGAAGCGACUUCCGGUAGCAGUUCUAAAGGCGGACGUUCAUGCACGGGCGUGUAUGACCUACAAAACGGCAACUGGAAGCAAAGUUUGUCGGGACAACCAGUACCAAGGAAAACAGGCUCAAAUAACAACGACAGUCGUCAACAAAGAAUC